UUCUCACAAUGUUGCUAUUUAUUGGAAAUUUGGAAAUGGUAAGCAAUUCUAUUACUAAAAAUUGCGGCUGAGGUCAAAACUGCACAUGGAAAUAACUUCUUAGAGAACAAUUCCGUCUGUCCUCGAGCGUCCUGAAGAACGAGCGCGCUUUCCCAAAUGAAAACAUCUUGGAUUGGCAAUAAAGGGUGACCAUCAAGUCUUUUCAGAAGCUUCAGUUUUCCUCCUAUGAAGGAAGAGUGGGCCAGCAUAGCGUGCCCGAAGGCUCCUUCUACCACUAAAAUUUGAUAUCAAAUCCGAAGUCCAACUUCUCGCAAGCUUCAGGAGGACGUCCGCGCCAUUCACUUAUCAUACGAGGCUCCUCCCGUCAGGACACUGGCGGCCUUUAGACAAGCAACUUGUCCAACGUCUUCUGGCGACUCAUCUUUUUUACUUCGUUUUGUUUGUUUGUUGCCUUCUCUUUAUCAAAUCUCUGUGGGGAAACUACGCUCAGGUGUAGUGACAAACGCCAAGCCCUGGAAACAAAACGCGCCGCGGUUCUGAAACGCGGCCUCGGGCGGAUGCGCGACCAGACUCAGUAUGAGCUCCUGGGCACCCGUAGGUCGGAUUCCCCGGAUCAAGCACCGGAAGUCACAGCCCCGCGGUGCUUCCACUCCAGGAAGGCCAAGUCCGGCCGUUCUCCCACAGUGUUCCGUAGACCGCCCGGAGCCCCGGAACAUGGAGGCAGCGCGCCCUCCUCCGACCGAGGGGAAGUUCGUGGUGGUCGGCGGCGGCAUCGCGGGCGUCACCUGCGCGGAGCAGUUGGCUCUUCACUUUCCAUCAGAAGAUAUUCUCCUGAUAACAGCUUCCCCUGUUAUUAAAGCUAUUACAAAUUUCAAGCAGGUGUCUAAAGUAUUGGAAGAAUUUGAUGUUGAAGAACAACCAGGUACCAUGUUAGAAAAUCGCUUUCCCAACAUUAAAGUUAUUGAAUCUGGAGUAAAGGAACUAAAGAGUGAAGAACACUACAUUUUAACAGAAGACGGCAGUAAGCUCGAGUAUAAGAAACUCUGUCUGUGCGCUGGAGCUAGACCGAAGUUGAUAUGUGAAGGAAAUCCUUAUGUUUUAGGAAUCCGUGAUACAGACAGUGCUCAGGAAUUUCAGAAACAGCUGACUCAAGCUAAACGAAUAAUGAUCAUAGGAAACGGUGGUAUUGCACUUGAGUUAGUGUAUGAAAUUGAAGGCUGUGAAAUCAUUUGGGCCAUUAAAGAUAAAGCAAUUGGGAAUACAUUUUUUGAUGCAGGAGCAGCUGAAUUCUUGACUUCAAAGCUCAUUGCUGAAAAAUCAGAUGCUAAAAUUGCACAUAAAAGAACCAGAUAUACAACUGAAGGAAGGAAAAAGGAAGCAAGAAGCAAAGCUAAAGCUGAUAAUAUAGGCAGUGCCUUGGGACCAGAUUGGCAUGAAGGUUUGAAUCUUAAAGGAACAAAAGAGUUUUCUCAUAAGAUUCAUAUUGAAACUACAUGUGAAGUAAAGAAAAUCUAUCUUCAGGAAGAAUUUAUACUUUCGAAGAAAAAAUCCUUGACUUUUCCAAGGCAUCAUCAUAAGUCAGUUACAACUGACAAAGAGCUAUGGCCUGUAUAUGUGGAAUUGACGAACGAAAAGAUAUAUGGCUGUGAUUUCAUUGUCAGCGCUACAGGAGUUAUACCAAAUACAGAUCCUUUUCUCCAUGGCAACAAUUUUGAUCUAGGAGAAGAUGGUGGUCUCAAAGUGGAUGACCAUAUGCAGACAUCUCUUCCCGAUGUCUACGCUGCAGGGGACAUCUGCACUGCAUCCUGGCAGCCCAGCCCCUUCUGGCAGCAGAUGAGGCUGUGGACCCAAGCGAGGCAGAUGGGCUGGUAUGCAGCAAAAUGUAUGGCCGCAGCUAGUUCAGGAGACACAAUUGACAUGGAUUUCAGCUUUGAACUGUUUGCUCAUGUAACAAAGUUUUUUAAUUAUAAGGUUGUAUUGCUAGGAAAAUACAACGCACAAGGCCUAGGUUCAGAUCAUGAAUUAAUGCUGAGAUUCACCAAAGGACGAGAAUACAUCAAAGUCGUCAUGCUAAACGGGCGUAUGAUGGGAGCUGUCUUAAUUGGUGACACAGAUUUAGAAGAAACAUUUGAAAACUUAAUUUUAAACCAAAUGAAUCUUUCAUCAUAUGGAGAAGAUCUGCUAGAUCCAAAUAUUGAUAUAGAAGAUUAUUUCGACUAAAAAGAGAACUUUAGGAACCACAUACAGUUCCAAGUGAGAAAAAAACUACAAGGCAAUAAAAUGAAUGGCUACACUGAUUUAAUGAUGACCUCACUGAAGUUAAAAAUGUAGACAUAAUGAUGAUUUUAGUGGAAAAGUAUAUAAAAAUAAAAUUCGGAUGAAAUUAGGCCAUAUAAUUUAUUUACAUAAAUAUUUUUCUUAUAAAUUUAACCACUUACUUUGUAAGAAGUCUCGUUAUUCAUUUUUGUAUUUUGAACUUAAAUAUGUUCAUUUGUGAUUUAGCUCUGGAGCAAAUUUAGCUAAAUAACUCUAUUAGCCAAAAUGUGCUCUAGUGGACCAGAGCUAUUCUGGUCCACUAGAAAUGUCAAAACAAGCUGUGGUUUCAGAAACCUUCUACUUGUAUUUUACUUAAAGAAAGAUGUAGCAGUAUCUUAUUUGCUGAUAUUAUUUGUAUUGAUGCUUUAUUCCUUUUUGCUUGAAUUCUGCAUCUGUUUUUAUACCUGAUAUCCUCUGCAUUAUUCAUCUUAAAAUGCCACUCACUCUUAGUAAUGAGCCUAUGUCAGUAUAAUAUUGCUAUCAAAGUUAUUUCAGAAGAAAAGCCAACUAGGUAUAUAUCAAAGCAUAAAGCACUUAUACAUAACAAAAGAUUUUCCCCUGU